UCUUGGUCGUGGUGGUCGUGGUGGUCGUGUCGUGGUUGUGGUCGUCGUGGUGCUGCCGUGUUGCGUCAAUGUGAACGAUACUCUCGUAGUCUGGCGUUUGCACGAAUGUGAACGCGAUCCUGUGCAGAUCGCUCCCGUACGCCAGGGGAGGAUGGUCGCUCGUAGGAAGAGUCACUAGCGAGCGAGUACGCGCUCUGCUAUUCCGUGCGUUAGCAAAAUAGCUUCGCGUAGACUGAUUUGUUCUUCGUGGGCCGAAGCUACAUCUCUACUGGCAUGGAGCUGGGAGCGCACUGAUAGUGAUAAUUUAUGAGAUCUUGGUUUCUAUGCAUUGCCUGCCAAAGAAGAACUGAGCCCAAUGUUUCCACACAAUUCUAGUUCACAUGAGAUUUCUACAGAAACAAAUGCCUUCGUACAAAAUUCCAUGGGGGAUGUAGUAGUAUUAGGGGAAAGCAGUCUGUAUGGGGAGGGGGAAUGGGAAGGAUCAGAGCACGCUAGGUACUGUGAUAUCGAAUCCAUAAACAGCAGCAAGAUGGCAGCAUGUACUAGCCAUCUGGAAGCUACCGCCGCCAAUGACUUUUCAACCGUCCUGCCAAGCCAAACCAGUGAGUUCAGCUCAGCUGGUAUAGGUAAGGCCUGCCAGUCAGUGGCGCCAGUAACCACAAAAAACCCAACAAAUCACCUUCUAACUUACGAUAAUAAUAAAGUAAAUAACCACAACAAUGCAGAACAUAAUCAUCACAAGUACAGAAAGCAAAACACACCGGGCUUGCUUGGUCAGCUGGGCAGCUCCGCCAAUAACUCUAAGUCUACUUUUAAGACAUUAAGUGAUAAUAAGAAUAGCUUUAGCGAUCUAAGCGUUAGGGUACUAAGCGUAAGUGUACAUCUACAAGUUACACGGGGUGAAGCGUAUUGCACCGUUGGGGUACCUAGCCUAGUUAGGAUACCCAAGUCUGAUUGCCCCCAACGGUCGCUACGCCUCCCUAACUCUGUCGACAAUUACUCCUUACUAGGGUCCCGCCUUGAGCUAGGCGACAACAAUAAGUUUAAGGCUCAUUUUAGUUUCAUAAGUAAUAAUAACUCCAAGUCUGUGAUAUUGCUCAGCUCAAUCAGCAACGGUGACCAUUGUUUCCUGCUUGGCGGUGGUGGUCCUGUCGAGAUAGAUGCUAUUACUCUGAAAUUCGGUAUUAUAACGGAUGUCUUAACGAGAUCGAAACUACUAGGUCAUAAGUGUGCCCUGGUUAUCAAUUCUUCUGAGACAUCUAGACUGUUAACGAGCGAUGAAACGUCGAACGAAAAUUGUAACGUUCGAUACACGUUAGCUCUCGAAAAAAUAUGGAACCUCUUAAAAUCGCAUUUCAGUGGCAUUGAUUUCAAAUUGGUUCCCAUAAGCGAUCAGAAUUUUGCGAUAUUCACCGCCAGUUCUUCCAUUACGCUUAUCGUUUUCAGAAACGAAGUAACUGACCACAUCUCGCGAUCUUUCCUGGAAAAUCUCAAGCAACUCCGUGUACAAUCUUUUACUUCUCCAUUAUCUAACGUCACUGUUACCGAGCUGAUGCAACGCAUAUGUGUUCCAUUAUUAAAAAAGCGUAAGGGUAAUGAUUACAACGUUGGUAAUAAUAAUAAUGAUGAAUAUUAUAACAAGAACAUUAGCAUUGGUAGUAUUGAAGAAGAAAUUAAUAGUAGUAACGAUAAUCCAGAUGUUAUUGAAGACAUUGUUGACGUCGCUGUGUGCUACAAGACUAGUUAUAUGAUGAUUACUAAUGUUAGGAUCUUAGGGUCUCAAAAUGAUGGUAUUAGUCGUACCGAAGCAACAAUAUUUACUGUUGGUGCUCUUUCAUUUCAGGAUAACAAUAAGUCUAACAAGCCUCUAAAUACUAGUUAUAAGAUUAGCGAAUAUAGUAGAUCAGUGGGUUCUGAUCUUCAAUCUAACUCUACCAUUAAGUCUGUAUCUAAGUCUACGCUAAAAGAUAAAUCUAGGAUUAAGUUUGAAAUGUCUCACACCGCUCGAUUUAACGAAUCUGACAAGAGAAAGCAAGUUAGGUUGGCUGCCAACAUUCCUAUAAUGACUACCUGCGAGCCUACGAUGACGCUUACAAGCCAAUCAGCCACCAUCACAUCCCAAACAAUCGGUGUACCUGUAUGUCGAGCGGAUAAUCGCAUAUAUGACGAUGGGAUGCGAUCAGAAUUUUUGAAUACAUUUCAGAAUGACCAAAUAUGUAUCCAGCGUAUGUUGGCAAGUCGCACAGAUGAUAUAAUAACGAAUGACUUGCGUCUUCAUGAAACACUAAACCCUACACAAACUUACAUCGAGACGCUCAAAUCUUUAGCUACAGAUGAUAUUCCGUUGAAUUGCAAUUACGAUCGCACAGGGGCAUGUAGUAAUCGUCAAACUUGUGACUAUGAUAACGAUAAUGAUCAUGAUGAUUUUGCGCUCUGCUCUUACGAUAACAUGGCAGUUUAUACAAAACCAACUGCAUUACAAUGGUCUACUCUAAUUGCACACGUACGUGCUUUGAUACCUGCUUGUCGAAAAGCUUAUGAGACCGACCGAACCAAAUGUGAAGUUCAACAGCGAAGACUCAAGUUUAUGCUGAAUAUUCUUUUCAAUGAAUCGACACGGCUAUUGAACAAGGUCUACGAACCGAUAUUAAGCUACAAACAACGAUGGGGUAUCUCAACGAUAUUACAGUUAGCAGGAGGUGGUGAAAGUUCGCUGAAUAGCGGAGGAGCUAACAAUUGGGGUUCUACUCAAGCAACAACACCCAAUAACAAUAAUACUAACCAAUCAGGAUGGGUUGGUACGCCAGGAAACGCGCCUGGAAAUGCUGGCACACCGAACAAUUGGGGUGGAAAUUCUGUAAAUAGAUCAGUCUCUGGUAAUCCAAAUCAAAAUCAGAAUCAAGGUCCACCUGGUACACAAAACACAUCAGGAAACGUGAACAAAGUUAGUAAUCCAAAUCAACAAUCGAAUCAGCAAUCUGGUCCACCUACCUCUCAGUCAAAUUCUACUCAAGGGAAUCAGAAUAGUAGUCAAUGGUCUCAGGGAAAAUCUAAUAAUCCGGGUGGUCCAGGACAAAAUCCACAAAAUAAUAACAAUAGCGUACAGCAGCAACAGUCUGCCAGUUCGAAUGGAAGUAAUAAUCAAUCUAAUAACAAUGCUCAAGGAUCUGUAAGUAGUGGUAACACACCAGCUAGUAAUAAUCCAUCGACGAAGCAACAGCUUGAACAAUUAAAUACAAUGAGGGAAGCGCUUUUUAGUCAAGACGGAUGGGGUUGUCAACACGUGAAUCAAGAUACGAGUUGGGACGUACCAACUUCUCCUGAGCCCAGUCUAACCAAAGAUGGCGUUCCUAUGUGGAAACCACCCGUAAAUAAUGGUACUGAUCUAUGGGAAGCAAACUUACGAAAUGGAGGUCAGCCUCCACCGCAUCAACAAGCGAAAACCCCGUGGGGUCAUACUCCGGCGACUAAUAUCGGUGGUACUUGGGGCGAAGACGAUGAGACAGCAGACUCAUCCAACAUGUGGACUGGUGCUCCAGCACCUUCUCAACCGAACGCAGCGCAAUGGACUGCCGGUAAUCAAGCCGGUAUGUGGGGAGGAACAAAUUGGGCCGAUCCAAGAUCACUAGAUCAUAGAGAUCCGCGUGAUUUACGAUCAGUGGAUCCAAGAGAGAUGCGAGAUCCUCGAGAUCAUCGCAUGACUCUUGAUCCAAGAGAUCAUAUGCGCGUAAUGGAUCCUAUGGCACGUGAUCCACGAAUGGGUGAUAUGCGCGGUGAUCCACGUGGCAUAUCUGGACGUUUGAACGGAGCGAAUACCGAUGCUAUGUGGGGACAACCACCUGGUCCUCCACAUCAUCAAAUGGGUCAUCAGCAUCCAUCUGGUCCACCAACGAAAAUGCUCAAUCCUUCGAACAUGAAUCAAUGGGCAGCUCCACCACCAAAGGAUAUGAUGCCAGGCAAACCUUCGGGAUGGGAGGAACCGUCACCACCUACGCAAAGGCGUAAUGUGCCUAACUAUGACGACGGUACAAGCUUAUGGGGAAAUCCGGCAGCAAAUCAACGCACAAUGCCUGCCAGUAAAGUAUCUCAUUGGAAGGAUUUACCAACCCCGAACAUAGCACGUGGUGGAAUGCAAUGUCCACCAGGCAUGCCUCAGAAUAGAAUGCCUGGGCAACCAGGUAUGAAACCAGACGUAGGAGGUCCAGGUAUGUGGGCUCAUCCUGGAGCUCCUGGAGGUCGCAAUGGGACAUGGGCGGAUGGGCCUCAUGAUACUACCUCUUGGGAUGAUCCCAAAACACCAGCAACAUGGAACGAGCCUCCAUUGAAUCCAGCAACUUGGGGAGGUCCUGCUACUCACAAACAAAAAUCAAUGGGACCUGCUGGUAGUUGGGUAGACUCUGACAUUGAUCCUACUCCAAAUUGGGGUCAUCCUGCUAAACCUUCGUUAACGAAAGACUUCAUUUGGAAUAGUCGUGAAUUUCGUUAUCUUUGUGACUUAGGAUAUAAGAAAGAAGACGUCGAGUUAGCUCUUAGAAAUCGUGAAAUGAAUAGAGACGAAGCACAAGAACUUUUAAGCCAGAUUCGACCUCUUGAUCAAUGGCCACGACGUCAUGAUACGCAUUCUGGCUAUGAUCCAACUAAUCAACCGACUACUGCGCCAGCAUACCCAAGAUUCAAUCACGUGACACAACAGAUGUCUUUCCCACCGGGGGCAGGAGUGCCCAGUGCUGCAACUACCGGAGGGGUAGGUGGUUCAGUGACCAGUGCUAGUCUUCUGAAACUUCAACAACAGCAACAGCAGCAAGCAGUUGUUCCGUUGCAGCAACAGCAGCCAAGUACCAAUGCACCACAGCCACCUUUCAACCAGGCAUCACGUGCACCGCAAAAUCAACCAUCGAAUCAACAACUCCGUAUGUUGGUACAACAAAUUCAACUGGCUGCUCAAGAAGGAUAUUUGAAUCAUCAGAUCUUGAAUCAAGCAUUAUCACCGCAGACGUUGAUUUUGCUGAAUCAACUUUUACAACAAAUCAAGAUCUUACAACAGUUACACCAACAACAUUCUGUCCAGAGUUCAUUGAAGGGCAAUAGUCCGUCAGUUUUGCAAAUUAGCGUACAAAUAACCAAAACUAAGCAACAAAUCGCAAAUCUGCAGAAUCAAAUUGCGGUUCAACAGGCAACGUAUAUGAAACAACAACAACAUCAACAACACGCUGCCCCGCCAUCUCAGGCAUUGGAGUACUACAAAAGUUCGGUACACGAUCCCAUGUCAGCUUUACAAAACAGUUUCAGCGAUUUGACGAUGAACAAAGAGCCACCUGUUAGUCAACAACAGUCAAGAUUAAAUCAAUGGAAGUUACCGUCUCUCGAUAAGGAUGGUGAUCUAACAACAAAUGAAUUUUCUCGUGCUCCUGGUACUACCAGCAAACCACCAACUGCUCCAGGUGGUUUAACGCAGUCACACAGUAGCCCUAAUAUGAAUCCUUUGCUUAGUCAAGGCGAUGGAACGUGGUCAUCUAGACUCGGUGAUAGCGGUUGGCCAGAUCCAGGGAAUACAGAUUCCACGGAUGGAAAAGAUUGGCAACCUGGAGGCGCUGCAUUCACUGAUCUAGUACCGGAAUUUGAACCGGGCAAACCAUGGAGGGGUACCCAGAUGAAAAGUAUCGAAGAUGAUCCCAGUAUCACUCCUGGUUCAGUCGUACGUUCCCCUCUUUCGCUGGCUACUAUAAAGGAUCCUGAUGCUAUUUUCUCAUCGAGUAGCAAAACGUCACCACCACCUCAAAAUGCUAAUCCGGAUACAUCGAUUCCCAGUUUAAGUAAUUCUACGUGGACAUUUAAUCCACCUGCUACGACGCCUACUGCAUUUACUAGCUCGAAAAAUACAUGGGAGUCAGCACCACCGCCAACUGCCGUUACGUCCGAACUUUGGGGUGCUCCAAUGAGUAAAGCACGAGGUCCUCCUCCUGGCCUAGGAAGUAAAGGCGCCGGAAGUACCAGUAACGGUUGGGCUGGUUUAGGAAGUGUCACCAAAUCCUCCAGUUCUUGGGGUGGCCUCCAAUCCAAUCCAGUUAGCAAUUCUAGCUGGGUGUCCACAUGGCUUUUACUGAGAAACUUAACGCCCCAAAUCGAUGGCUCGACUUUGAAGACCUUGUGUAUGCAGCACGGACCUGUUCAAGAUUUCCGAUUAUAUUUGAAUCAUGGAAUUGCUCUUACUAAAUAUUCCUCUAGGGACGAAGCAAUAAAGGCACAAGGAGCUUUGAACAAUUGCGUAUUGGGAAAUACAACGAUAUUCGCUGAAUCACCCGCUGACAGCGAAGUACAUACUCUGUUGCAACAACUAAGUCAUGGUGGUCAACAACAAGCUGGCGGUUCUGGUGGAGCUAGCUGGGGUUUACGACCGAGUAAUAAAACUGGCCCACCACCGGAUACAUGGGGCGGAAGUUCCAGUCAAUUGUGGGGUGCUCCACCGACAACCAAUUCGCUAUGGAGUAACACAGGUAUAGACAGCAGUGACCAGCAAAGAGCAACUCCUAGUUCUCUCAACUCGUACUUACCCGGAGAUCUUCUGGGAGGUGAGUCGAUGUAGAGAACGAGGCUAUCCACUCAAGCGCAUUACGUAGUGAAGUUUAUGCGACGCAAUUGAAAACAAAAAAAAAAAAAAAUCCAGAAACAAACAACAAACAAACAAACAAACAAACAAACAAACAAACAAAAAAGCGACGCAAAUCUUUAAUAUCCGCCUCACGUAAAAAUGAUAAUAUAAAAGUUCGUGAUCCAAAGUUCUAUAACUUCCCCCCCGAGUUCCUCUGAAUAAUAAUUGCAAGAAGUAAAGAAGUAAUUUGCUUUUAUACAUCAUUAAAUUGUCACGGAGACUCGACGUGUCGAGUUGCUAAAUUUCUCAAAUUUAAUCGAAGAUGGAGGUGGAGCGCAUCGUUUAACGUUCAAUGCGUCUCUGGACGAGUUAAAUAUGAGAAAGAAAGACAAAAAGGUUAAACAAAUAAAAUAAAGUAAAAUAAAUAAAAUAAAUAAAGUAAAUAAAUAAAAUGAAAAAGAAAAAAUUAUAGACGGACGGGGUCUUCACGAAACACGUCAAUUACAUAAAAAAAGAUUGUGCGCUAGGGUGAUGAUGCAAUGAAAUAUUCUUAUGAGUUACUUAAAGAAAAAAAAAAAAAAAAUACAAAAAACGAAAAAAAAAAUAAAAAAAAAAAAAGAAAAUAAUCACAUUCUCGUAUCUGCCUCGGAUUAAAACAUAUAUAUAUAUACAUAUAUAUACAUAUACGUAUAUAUCUAUAUAUGUAUGCAUUAUAUAUAUACAUAUAUACAUGUAUAUAUAUGUAUGUAUAUAUAUGUAUGUAUGAUAUAUGUAUAUAUAUAUGUAUAUAUAUAUGUUUGUAUAUAUAUGUGUAUAUAUGUAUAUAUAUGUAUAUAUAUAUACAUAAUGUACCAGGUGUCACAAAAAGUAUAACGGAAGUACAGCCAAAUGAUCUUAUGCGUUAGAUAUCUAAUUUUACAUGACAAAACUUAAUAACUAACUUACAGUCUGAUCAUUCUAAAGAGACUUACGAUGAUAAUUACGUGGAGAGACUAAUUGUGAUCCACUAUUAACACAUAUUCAAUCGUCUCUUUUUAUCAUGGGUGUGUGUGUGUAUUACGCGCGAUGUAUAUCUGGGCUUUGGUAAAAAUCGCGGCCUUUAUCGACGAUCUCGAAAUGAUGAUGAUAAUGAUAAUCAUGAUGACCGAUGAUGGCGAUAACGAUAACGAAGAAAAUUAUUGUC